CGUCUGGUCGCGAUGAACAUGCCUCUGAACGCUGACGGGAUGGUGACCUUCAACGCUACGCUCUUCGCUCUGGUUCGCACUGCGCUCAAGAUCAAGACUGAAGGUAACCCUGAUCAGGAGAACGAGGAGCUGAGGGGGAUUAUCAAGAAGAUCUGGAAAAGAAUGAAACCAAAACUACUGGACGAAGUGAUUCCACCACAUGAAGAGGAGGAAGUUACCGUCGGAAAGUUUUACGCAACGUUUCUGAUCCAGGAUUAUUUCAGGAAGUUUAGGAAGAGGAAGGAGAAGGGUACUUUGACCGGAGAGCCCGACGCCACCAACACGUCUGCUGUACAGUUGUGUAAAGCCGGUCUGAAGACGCUGCAGGAUCUGGGUCCAGAGAUGCGUCUGGCUCUGAACGAGGACAUGGACGAGGACGAGGAGGAGGAGGACGCCAUGAUAGAGGACGAGGAGCAGGAGGAGAACGCUGCUUACAAGGGUGAAAAUGGAUUUGGGCCAGAGAGAGAUCGGCGAGGCUCCAUCCUGACCACGCCCACAGGUCCUGGCGGUGUAGUCGGAGACGUGGGCGUGUCUAAUGGGGGCCUGAUCCACCGGGUCGGUUCUCUCACUAAGAUGCCAAAUGGCAGCGACCACGACGAAAAUCUUCACCGUGGAGACAACAUGAGGUCAUCUUUCAAUCAUCAUCAUCAGCGACGCCCAUCAGAGAAGAAUGGUCUCCUGGACCGCGCCCACAAGAGACCGUCAUACUACAAACAUGGAAGGAGGGACUCGAGGGACAGAUACUGGAGGAACGGGGACAUGGAGACGUACGGAGAGCAAGGUUACUACAGCAGAGAGGAAGACAACGACAGCAUCACCUCCAGGGACAGACAUUACCCUGACGAGCCUCGAAUGUACAGAGACCACUACAAUGGCCACGCCCCCUACACCAACAAUAGCUAUGGUAACGGGUACAGCGAGAGCAGGAGGACGACACGGAGACGCCUACUUCCUGCUACACCCACAGGUCGGAAACCGUCGUUUAACAUCCAGUGUCUGAGGAGGCAGGGGAGCAGUGAUGACCUGCCCAUCCCUGGAACGUACCACCCCACCUCGCCGCCACGCCGCACACGCACACAGACGUUCAGCAGUUAUGAGACUCAUCACUCUUCCGGCCGCCCCAUGCCGACCUCCUCGACAUCCUGGGCGAACCCGUGUCCUCGUCGUGGACGCCUCCUCUACGCUCCUCUCAUCCUGGUGGAGGAGGAAGGCAGUCCGGCCUGGGGGGGAGGAGGACCAGGGGGGGAAAGGAAAAAGGGAGAAGCAGGAAGAGGGGUCAGUGUGACAGGAGCAGAACCCAGACCGGCGUGGUACGGUGACCCUGCAGGGACAUCAGCGCCGCCGCCGCCGCCGCCAUACCGGGCUUACACCACGCUCAGAGUUCCCUCUCAGCUCGGAGCUCAGUUCACAGAGAAACGAGGAUCAGCCGACAGUCUGGUUGAGGCGGUUCUGAUCUCUGAAGGUCUCGGUCUUUACGCUCGGGAUCCUAAGUUCGUGGCGUUUGCAAAGCGAGAGAUCGCAGAUGCAUGUCACAUGACGGUGGAUGAGAUGGAGUCCGCUGCCAGUGACCUGCUCGGAUCAGCGAGCCACAGUUUACUUAGCAACACCGCUGCCGCCGACCCCGCCGCUCUCUACAGCGACGAGGAGCCAAUCAGGACGGGUCGCGACGAGGAUGAACUGGCUGACGAGAUGACCUGCGUGACAUCAUUUUGAACUUCUGGACCAAUCAAGGUUAAAUAGGACCGAGAGAGGCGGGACAUCUGUAGCCUGUCUGGGUUUGAUUGAAAGACAUUUGACCAAUCAGAAGAGAAGAGAGAGAAAGGGGUGGGGUUUAAUUAAAACUGCCAAAAGCCAAAUUGUGUGAGUUUGAGGGGUUAAAGGUCAAAGUGGAGGAAGAGACGAAAGAAGCUAAUAAAAAGGGAAGUGAUGGAGGCAGGAGAAAAAGGGAAGAAGAAGGAGAAGAGGAACUAAGGAGGGAGGGGUGCAAAAGAAUGGAUGGAAGAAAAAUGAAAGAAUAGAAUAAAACAAAGUAUCGGAAAUAGAAG